GCGGAGCCUCAAGCUAAGGGCUGGUCGCUGCGUCUGAGCGCCGGGUUGGACGAGCCGCUGUGCGCCCUUGGCGGACGUGAGCGGAAAGAAGAUGGCGGUGCAGGUGGUGCAAGCUGUGCAGGCGGUUCAUCUUGAGUCUGACGCUUUCCUAGUUUGUCUCAACCAUGCUCUGAGCACAGAAAAGGAGGAAGUGAUGGGUCUGUGUAUAGGGGAGUUGAAUGAUGACAUAAGGAGUGACUCCAAAUUUACAUACACUGGAACGGAAAUGCGCACAGUCCAAGAAAAGAUGGAUACCAUCAGAAUUGUUCAUAUCCAUUCUGUCAUCAUCUUGCGGCGUUCUGACAAGAGAAAGGACCGUGUAGAAAUUUCUCCAGAGCAGCUGUCUGCAGCUUCAACAGAGGCAGAAAGGUUGGCUGAACUAACAGGUCGUCCCAUGAGAGUUGUUGGCUGGUAUCAUUCCCACCCUCAUAUAACUGUUUGGCCUUCACAUGUUGAUGUUCGUACACAAGCCAUGUACCAAAUGAUGGAUCAAGGCUUUGUAGGACUUAUUUUUUCCUGUUUCAUAGAAGACAAAAACACAAAGACUGGCCGGGUACUCUAUACUUGCUUCCAAUCCAUACAAGCCCAAAAAAGCUCAGAGUAUGAGAGAAUUGAAAUCCCAAUCCAUAUUGUACCUCAUAUCACUAUUGGGAAAGUAUGCCUUGAAUCUGCAGUAGAGCUGCCAAAAAUCCUGUGUCAGGAAGAACAGGAUGCAUAUAGAAGGAUUCACAGCCUUACACAUCUGGACUCAGUGACCAAGAUCCAUAAUGGCUCAGUAUUUACCAAGAAUUUGUGCAGUCAGAUGUCAGCAGUCAGUGGGCCUCUACUGCAGUGGUUGGAAGACAGAUUGGAGCAAAACCAGCAGCAUUUGCAGGAGUUGCAACAAGAAAAGGAAGAGCUUAUGGAAGAGCUGUCUUCCCUAGAAUAAAGCAUGAGAACAACAAAAAAAUGUGGUAAUAUUUUUUUUCAAUUUGUUUGCUGAAUAUGGUCCAAAACUAUGCACAACUCCUAUAUAGGCAAAUAUGAUUUUUUUUAGAAAUAUUAGGAUUUAGGUUGUAAUAGAAAUCAUGCUCUAAAAAAAAUGUGAUGAGCAUAGCAUUCCUUCAUAUGUAACCACUAAUUCUAAAUGUGCUUUCAGAAAAAGAGUUGAGCCUGUUGCAUCCUGGGAACUAAAGUGGGAACUGGAAAAAGGGUGAAAAGAAAGAAAACAGAUAGUAAUAGUCCCAACCACAGUGAUAUUUGGAAUUUUGGCUUGUUGCCUUAUUUUUUCCUAGAUUAUUGUUUUUCAGCUUCCAGAACCGCUUGCAUCAGAAUUGCUCAGAGUUCAAACUCAAUCAUUGAGGCUAGAACCUAAAAAUCUACAUGACCUACUUAGCUGAUUCUGAGGCAUACUUAUAUUUGAAAACAAAUAUUCGUAGGGCAUAUGGAAUGUAAAUGUAUUUUCUUUAAUUCUCUCCCACAUUUAUUAUUUCUUUAUUUUCUUUUUUAUAGGGCAGAUGAAAAUACCUGGCAUAUAAUUUAUUAUAUUAAAUCAAUUUUGAAAAAGAUAAUGUUGGAGGGACUACAUUAUAUAACUUCAAGACUUAUUAUAAAGCUACAAUAAUCAAGAUACUAUGUUUUUUGCAGAAGAAUCAAUGCAAUAGGAAAGAAAAUUCAGAAAUAAGCCCACAAUAAUAUGCUUAACUAAUUUUGAAAAAGUAAAAAUGUGAUUCAAGGAAGAAAAAACAGUCAUUUCAACGCAUUGAACCUCCACAAGCCAACAAAGUAUAUUCUAAAAGUACCUCCAAAUAUAUCAUGCAUUUAAAUGUACUAUGAAAAACCUAGAAAAAAUAUUCAAGAAAAAUUUUCAGGAGUUAAGUACUUAAUAUUCAACUCAAAAGCACAAUUUCAUAAGAAAACAAAGUAGAUUUAUUGGACUUCAUCAAAAUUAAAGCUUUCUAUUCUGCAAAACUAUUAAGAGAAAAUCAUGUAAUAUCUGAUCAGUGAAAAGAUAUGCUUAAAACUCGAAAAUAAACAAUACCAGUAGAAAAUGAAAAAAGGUUUUAACAUUGUCACUACAGUGGGUAUAUAGAUGGCAGAUAAUUAUGUGCAUAUAUAUUGAAUCUCAUACAUCAUUGAUGAAUGCAACUUAAAACUACAGUAUGGUGUGGCAUAUACUUAUCAGGACUGCUAUAGAAAAAGAUAGUGAAAAUACCAAAUACGGUUGAGGAUGCAAACUAGAUUUCUCAUACACCAAUGACAGGAAUGUAAAAAUACAGCUACUGAGUAGAAGAGUUUGGAAUUUUUUUUUUUUAAGUUAAACAUACACUUAACAUGACCCAGCAAUAAUACUGUCUUGGCACAAAAACUUUUACAAAAUUUUUCUUGGCAGCUUUAUCUGUGAUAGCUGCAAAUUAGAAAUAACCCAAAUACUCUGCAGUGAGUAAAUGGCUCAACAAACCAUUCUUACUAUGGACUACUACUAUGUAGUGGAAAGGAACAUACUGCUAAUAUGAUGAGCCUUGGGCAGUUAUAGUAAAUGAAAAAAAGGUUGUCUUAAAAGAGCACUUACUGUAUGGUUGCAUUUCUAGAGCUUUGUUUAAAUGUCAGAAUUAAUGACAAGAACAGAUUAAUGAUUUCUAGAGUCAGGGAAUAGACAUUGUAUAGCAUAUGUGUUCUUCCUACAGUGUGACCUAAAAGUUAAUUUAGGCUGAUGAAACAGUUUUGUACCUUAAAUUUAGUGUUUAAUAUAGAAGUCUGUUCCUGUGCUAACAUAUUUUAGAUUCAUAUACAUAUAAAUUAAUACAUGUAAAAAUCUAGAAGUGAGUAGGAAUUAAGAUUCCACUUUAUGAAAUAAUUAGAGUGAUAUAUGAGCCAUAUGUAGUGUCACAUGCCUAUAGUCCCAGUGCUCAGGAGGCUGAAGCAGGAACAUUUCAAGUUUAGAGCUAUUCUGAGCUAUAUAGUUCCCAGCUGGUUGGGCUACAGUGUGAGACCUUGCUUCAGAAAAAAAGGGCGGGGAGGGUAGGUGAUAAAAAGAAAACCUGGGGGUGGGGAUAAAAUGAUUUGAAUAUUCUUAUAAGCCAACUAUGAACACAAGUCUGUGCUUCACUUUCAUGAAUAAAAUAAGAUUAUAGUAUAUGACCAUCAAGUAUACUUUUAGAUCAGUGUUCAUACUUUAAAAAUAUUGAUCAUCAGAAAGAACAGUGGUAUGAAUGAAAUGUGAUUAUUUUCCUAGUUGUACCUGUAUGGUUUACCUUUACACAAAACAUUGUAUUCCAACAUAUAACCUUGUAUCCUCUCUGAUUUUUCUUUUUCAAUCAUAGUCAAAUUCUGUUGGGAACAGAAAGUACUUGUUUAGAUAGGUAUGCUCUCCAUCUGGUUUUUUUAAAACCUUUUUGAGAUAGGGCAUCACUCAACAGCCCAGUCUGGCCCCAAUCUAGCAGUUCUCUUACAACCAUGCCUGGCUGAUUUCUUAUUUUCUAUACAUGGAUCCUGCAUCUGACCUUGUCUAUACUAUUUUUGAAACCAUUCCUCCCAUAGUCAAUGAUGAUAUCCACUAGUCAAGCUCAUUUGUUUUUGAGAACUGUCAUUGGUAAAACUCUAGCUUUUACUAUUUUUGUGGAUAAAUGAAUAAAUAAUAAAUAAUAAAUACUGACUUGACACUUUCAUCAUUCUUCCAAAUCUACCACUUUUGGUCUUUGUUAUCAUAUACUUUAUUAUUUCUUAUUUCCAGACUGUCCCUCCCAAAAUUCAUUCAUACGCCUCUCUAUACAGUUACAGACAAAUCCAUUUCUCUAUACCUCUGUCUGAACUCCAGACUCAGAUUUCAAGUGACCCAUUAUAUAUUUCUAGUAGGUAGUCUUAUUGAUACAUUGACUUUGAUAAAUCUAAAUAUGAACAUGGUUUUGGCCUAAUCUAUAUUCUCUUAUAUGUCUUACCUCAGUGAAGGAGGCAUCCAUAUGCAAAAACUGGAAUCUAGACAGACAACCCCAACAUCUCUAUUACCUUUUACAGUAUUUGCAUUGAGUUAUAGCAGUUUGUUUGUUUUUUGGUUUUGGGUUUUUUUUUUGUAAUCUAAUCAGAGUUGCAAUAUGUAGAAUAGGUAUUCGUGAAGAGGAAUGGGCAGGUAGAAUAUCAAGGUUCUCACUGGUUAGGAUUACUUCAUGAAAACAUAAGAGUUCCUUAGCCUUGCAGCACCAGAGCAAGAACAAGAUCUAGUGAAAGUUGUCCUGUGUCAGUAUCCUCAGAAUCAGAGUGAAGAGGAGAAAAUGAUCUCUUAAACUAAAAUGAUGGAGCAAAUAAGCAUGCUUUGAGGAAAAUUGAAGUUUUUUUCAUACUUGAAACAUUAUAUACAGAUAUGUAAAAAAAAAGUAUAAAAUUAUUCCCUGUGAUGUUAAAUAGAAAAAGUUGAUAUGAUCAUUUUAAAAGGGAAUUACAUAUAUGUAUAUAUUGAGAGAAUGAUCAGUACAUCUAUAUACCUCCACUUCUUAUCUCUCCCCAUUAAGAGAGAAUAGAAAUGGUAGUUCACUAGCUAAUGAGCACACCUGGCACCAAGGUACUGGACUUCAAAUAGUAUUUUCCACUAUUAGUGAAUAGAAUUGAGUCCAGAAAUGAAUGCAUAUGUAUGUGAUAAACUGAUUUUUAACAAAAAUGCCAAGACUAUUUGAAUGGGGAAAAAUAGUCUUUUCAACAGCUGAUGAUUUCAGAACUAAAUACCUACACAGAAUAAUGAAGCUGGACCCCUGCCCCAUAUCAUGUAUGAAUGUUAACUAAAAAUGUAUCAAAUAUUUAAAUGUAAGAACUUGUAACUAUUAAAAUAUUAAAACAGCA